AUGUCAAGCAGUUCUCUGAUAAAUUACUCCCACCAAAGACACAUGGAAUCCUAUGCUCUGGCUCUAGUAGCAGGAAUUCUAGUCGGUUUUGUAUUGCUGGUUUUAAUUGCAACUUAUGGCAAGUCUUUCAAGGCAGAGAUCCCUCCCGACGUGGACCAGCCCUCAAAGCUCUGCCUAUACCACUGCGUAUACACUCUGAUGGAAAUUCUGGCAAAGAACUUGGAAAGCUUGGGUAUCUUGAAGGAGCAUGUACUUAUGAGGCUGGUGGUUGACGGACUGCCGCCGUGCAGGGAUUCAGAGCUCUGCGUAAAGGAUCUGCAUUUUGAGGAGGUGCCAGUGAGGAUUUACCUCUCAAAAGCACCAGCUGCAAGCAAACGGAGAGGAGUCAUCUUCUUCCAUGGAGGAUGCGGGAUUUUCGGAAGCAUCAGAAGCCAUGAAAGAAUAUGCCGGUACAUAGCCAGAAAAUCCAAUUCGGUGGUUGUGUCUGUCGGGUACCGUUUGUCACCCGAGAGCGAGUACCCAGCCCAGACUCUGGACUGCCUCACUGCCACCGAAAGCCUUCUGAAGACUGCUCAAAACCACGGGGUGGAUCCCGAGCGGGUUAUCGUUUGUGGGGACAGUAUAGGGGGCACCUUCACUGCUGCUGUUUGCCAAGAACUGGGAAAUAGAAGAGAUAUCCCGAAGAUCCGUGCCCAGGUACUGAUCUACCCAUUUCUCCAAGCACUGAACUUCAAUCUGCCAUCUCACCAGAAAAACGCUUUCAUCCCCUUCUUGUCCCGGGAACGAACGGCCUAUUUUCUUCUGAAGUACUUGAAUAAGGACUGCUCUAUGAAGGAAGCCAUUCUGGCAGGCUCUCAUGUUCCGGAGAGUAUACAUUUGAAAUACAGGAAAUGGAUAAAUGCAGAUCUUAUCCCAGACAGAUUUAAGCUGGGCUACAAACCGCCAUUACCCGCUUCCUUUUCCCCUCAAGUCCAUGAAGAAACAAAAGAACUGUUUCACAUCAGAGUUUCCCCACUGUUAGCAGAGGACGCUGUGGUUUCCCACCUACCCGACACCUGCAUAAUCACGUGUGAGCACGAUGUGCUCAGAGAUGAUGCGCUGCUGUACAAGAAACGGCUGCAGGACAACGGUGUCCAAGUGACCUGGCACCACAUGGAAGGCGGCUUCCACUGUGCACUGGGGUUUUUUGGUUAUGGGAUCUUCUCUUUUCCAUCGUCAAGUAAAAUGGUGAACCACAUUGUAAACUUCAUAAAAGGCUACUAA